UUUCUGGGAGUCGUAGUUAUUUUACCUGCUUCCGCGUUUUCUCUGAGCCUGGACCGUCCGGCGCGGGUUCUACUCAGGAGAAGCCGACCCUCCCGCCUCGCCAGGACCCCGCGAUGCCCGCCCCGCAGUGCGCCUCCUGCCACAAGGCGCGAGCCGCCCUCCGCCGUCCGCGCUCGGGCCAGGCGCUGUGCACCACCUGCUUCUGCGCCUCCUUCGAGGCCGAGGUGCUGCACACGGUGGUCGCGGGCCGCCUGCUGCCGCCCGGCGCCGUGGUGGCCGUGGGCGCCUCAGGCGGCAAGGACUCCACUGUGCUGGCGCACGUGCUGCGCGAGCUGGCCCCGCACCUGGGCAUCUCGCUGCACCUCGUGGCCGUGGACGAGGGCAUCGGCGGCUACCGGGACGCGGCGCUGGCGGCCGUGCGGCGGCAAGCAGCACGCUGGGAGCUCCCGCUCACCGUCGUGGCCUACGCAGAGCUCUUCGGGGGCUGGACGAUGGACGCCGUGGCCCGCAGCACGGCCGGCUCCGGCCGCAGCCGCUCCUGUUGCACCUUCUGCGGGGUGCUGCGACGCCGGGCGCUAGAGGAAGGGGCGCGCCGCGUGGGAGCCACGCACGUCGUGACGGGACACAACGCCGACGACAUGGCGGAGACGGUGCUCAUGAACUUCCUGCGGGGCGACGCGGGCCGGCUGGCGCGCGGCGGGGGCCUGGGCUCUCCGGGCGAGGGGGGCGCCCUGCCGCGCUGCCGCCCGCUGCAGCUGGCCUCGCAGAAGGAGGUGGUGCUGUACGCGCACUUCCGCCGCCUGGACUACUUCUCGGAGGAGUGCGUGUACGCGCCCGAGGCCUUCCGCGGCCACGCGCGCGACCUGCUCAAGCUGCUGGAGGCGGCGCGGCCGUCGGCGGUGCUGGACCUCGUGCACUCGGCCGAGCGCCUGGCGCUGGCCCCGGCCGCGCGGCCCCCGCCCCCCGGCGCCUGCUCCCGCUGCGGGGCGCUGGCCAGCCGCGCGCUCUGCCAGGCCUGCGCCCUCCUGGACGGCCUGAACCGCGGCCGGCCCCGCCUGGCCAUCGGCAAGGGCCGCCGGGGGCUGGACGAGGAGGGGCCGCCGGGUCGCCGCGGGAGCCACAGCCGUCCGGACCCCCCACUUCGGAGCCCAUCCCCGGCUUCUAGAGACUCCAGUUCUCCGCUGGGAUCCGACGACGACGUGGGAGUGCGGGGCCGCCUGUAAAUGACACUGUGAAGGAACCCGAGUUACCUUAGCCCGGGCUUCGGUGUGAGGUUGGGAAGGGGUCGGAACCCCUUACCUGUGGUCCUGCAGAAGCUGGGGCUCUGGGCUCCUGGGGCUGCGGAGGACUCCUGGGUGUCUGGGGGACCCCUGGGCCUCAGAGAGGAGAGAACUGUACAACUUUCCAUUCCUGAUCGAGUGGGAAUUAGGGGGCCUCUUGCCUGUACCUCUGUGGGGCUCUGGGCAUGCUCAGAUAGUCCUAACCCUUCUUGAGCGCCUACUGUGUGCCUGAUGUUUCAUGUUUGCCUGCAGUGGGAUAAGCAAAACCAUGUAACUUGAUGGGCACGUCAGUUACAGCAAUCGUGAUGCUUCUGUGUGAGCGCUGUACACAGGGCAGGCCGUCUCAUUUCAUCCCCAGCAUGAUCUCAUUGGCUGUAGCCUUGUUACCGAGGCCAAGCUCGCUCUGCUCCCCGCACCACAGGCCAAUAAAUCGGAGAGGAAGUGUUGAGGCAAGGAAUACGACUUUAUUCGGGGUUUGGUUGCCAGU